CGGCAAUUUCCGUCGUGUGCUAAGAACGAAAACAUCCGUUUUGGCAAAAUGGUUGCCACGCGGCUGGAAGUGAAUAUGACACGGUUGAUGUCACGAUGUGAGGAAAAGGUAGCUGAAAAGAAGAUGAGAGAUUGGCGACUGGAAAAAUAUAUUUGUGCACUACUGAGUCAGUUAGAAGAAUUAAAGAAAUCGCCAAGUUGUCCAUCCAAAGAAGAUAUAAAUGGCUAUGCACGGAAAAUCCAGUUUUUGAAAGGCUUGCUGGAAGCUGACAGACUGCCUGAUUCAUCAGAGAAGAUGUUGGCUGCUGAAAAACUUGCUCCAGUCUCGUCUUCUAAAGACAUCAAUCCGUCAGCAAGUAAAAAGCUUUGCAAUUUAACAAAAGGCAGGUAUGAGAAAGAGAUGAGAGCAGAUCUUUUUGGUAACUCUGACACUUCAGCUACUGGUGAUUUACGUCAAAGAAAGUCUACUGAAAAUGACACUGACUUAGAUACCAUUUUACAACAUUGCAAUCAGAUGCAAGGCAAACUGGCUGAGGAAAUGCUCAUGUUAACAAGAAACCUAAAAGAGAAUGUGUCUGCUGCAAGCCGAAUUGUCAAAGAUGAUCUCAGAACUAUUUCUGAUAGUUCACACUUGGCAAGCUCCAACUUUGAUAAGCUAAAAGUACAAACAGAACAUUUGGAAGCACACACUAACUCUUGUACCUGGUGGGUGUGGCUUAUGAUUGCUGCUGUGACAUUGACUUUUCUUUGGAUGAUAAUAUUUAUUCGAAUAUUUUCAAAAUAAUUUCUGGUUCAGUUACUAAAAAACAUCUUUACUGUUACUAAACUAUAAUGUUUUUGUUCCUCCCCGCCAUCACCAGUUAUCAAAUUUGGGCUGUUUGUAAAUAAUGGGCUUUUGAGCAAAAUUAGAAGUACCAGAUUUUCAGCAUACAUUGUUUGGGGAAAUUUAAACAAUAAUACCAUUACGUAUUGUUGUAUAAUACACACACACACACAUACAUUUUGACCAAACUGUCAGUUGUUAUACACUGCUGGUUAUGAUGCACUUCUUUGCAUUGUUGCUUUCGAAUGACACCACUCUAUUGGCUAGACAAGCAGCCCAAUAGAUAUAUAUCAAUGUUUUAACAUCCACUUUCCCAUGCUUGCAUCACUCAGGUGUGAUAUGUUGAAACAAAUUUCCUACAGCCAGAUGACCUUCCUGUUGCCAAACUCUACCUGUAGUAAGGUAAUAUUUCUCCAUAACCAAAUAUGUCUCUGACAGGAAACAAUAAGCACCAGUUCCAUAAUGGUGACACUUGCAAUUAUCAUGCAAUCUCAAGGCAAGGAGGCAGUAACACACACAUACGGACAUGCACAUACAUACACACAUAUAUAUAAUUAAAAGGGAAAUUCUGAGAAACUAUAAAAAUACCUAAAAAAAAAACAACCUACUAAAUAUGAAAUUCCAGGUUAAGAAGAUAGUAGAAAGAUUACAUUUCAAAGAUAGAA